GGCUAUGAUGGAGCGCUAGCUCCUGGUGGCCAGAAUGUGGCUCUCCAGACGCCGCAUGGUAUUCGCGCUGGUCUAUGCCAUCAUAUUCGUGACGGCCUGCACCGUGAUGAUGGUGGCCCUCGACAUAUUCCUAUACAUUCGAGACGGCUUUAGAGGACAGCACCAGGACGAGGAUGUGGUACGCACGCGUCCUUUGUUGUGGACCCAACAGCUGCUACAGCCGGAAGAGCAUCUGAAUCGAACUCGCGCCGACCCGGAGGCGCACUGCCGCAACUCUGUCCAAGGGCGUCAGCUGCUGGCCGACGAGAGGGGAUUCGUGUGCCGACGCGAGGAGCUCCUGCCGAGCGGAUGCUGCAAUACCGAGUUGCCCGGCAUUGCCUACUAUAGCUGCCGUUCCUGCAAUACCACCACCCACUGCUGCGCCAUUUAUGAGUACUGCGUCUCCUGUUGCCUGCAUCCCGAAAAGCAGCCUCUGCUGGAACAGGUACUACGCUCGGCCAACUCGCCCAAAUACAUAUUCACCAAGGUGGCCGAUCACUUUGAGCUGUGCCUGGUCAAGUGCCGGACAAACUCGCACUCGGUGCAGCACGAGAACCAGUACCGGGAUCCAUCCGCUAAGCACUGCUAUGGACUGACGGAGGCCCACGAGUCGCAGAAGAACGUGACCCCGAAGGUUGCCGGCAGCUGAUCUCCCUGAAGAUUCCUUUCUGAGAUUCAACAAGUCAGGGAUUGGCUCAGGCCAAAAGAGAUGUGUUCUUUUUAUGUUUCAUCACGAAAGUAUGGCCCUUGGAAUCCCAUUCUCUUUCUAUUUCUCUAUAUCUUUCUUAUUUAGAUCUAUAGAUGUUGUAUCUAUAUAUCUUUCUAUAUAUCUGUACCGAGAAAUCAGGGCAAUAUGAGUCACUCUCGUGUUCUGCUAGCCAUAACAAGCUCCACAUGUCUUUGCUUAUCAGUGCAGGAGGAUUCUGUUUCCGUCUAUGCCGCAGUCUGGUUGCCAAUCCCAGAUCUGGUUACAAGAAACAGUCUUCUAGUUAAGAACUUCUCUUCAAACAGCUUUAUAAUAUUGUAAAUUGCCAUGCAAUAUGAAUAAUAGGUAGAAACAAAGUAGUUCUUAAGUUCAUAAGUUAAUAAUUAAGUUUUAGGGCUUCUGAUUUUUGUAAAUAGCAAGUAGCUUCUCUUUAAACGAACAAAUUCUUUAGCUCUCUUUUUUUACAACUCUGUUUUUUAAACCAUAUUUAAUACUUUAGUAGUUACUUAAUUUAUUGUUGUUGAAGUUUAUGAGCAAUAUACAUAUAUUGUAUGUAGAUAUUUCAGAGCUUAUAUAUAUAUUUAUUUUUGGGUCGAGAAUGUAAAUAAAUCUGCAAGAACAUAGUGA